AUGUUGCUGAAGAGCUCUGAGGAGGAAGGACGCCCCGGUGUGGAGCACCCGGCCCACUCGGCCCUCACCGAGGCCGACACGCACACCAUCCGCGUGGACGUGAUGCGCACGCGCGGGAACCACCCGGCCUUCGGGCCACAGAUGCGGGAGAGGCUCCGAGAGCUGUUGACACAGCUUUGUUUGAAGGAGAAGAUCCGCUACAUGCAGGGCUUACAUGAGGUUGCCGCGGUCUUCGCCUACAUCGAGUCGACCGAAGGCUUUCACCCCACGGAGUCGACGGAGUCGACGGAUGCGUCGAGCCGGACCUUGGAGUGUUUCAUGGCCUUCGUGCGAAACUUUAUGCCCUGCUUCUACGAUGCGGAGAGCUUCGUGAUCUUGCACAUCACGUUGCUCUUUUUCCGUCAGCUUUUGUUGUACCAUCUACCUCACUUGCACAACCAACUGGAAGAGGCAGGGGUGGCACCGGUGGUGUAUGCUACUCCCUGGUUCAUCACCUUGUUUGCUUACAAGAAUCCCUUGCACGUCACCAUGCGCCUCUGGCACGAAUACAUUCGACGUGGAGAUCCCACCUUCGUGCCCUUCUUGGCGGUGGCACUUAUGGAGCUGGAGAAACAAGCCUUUCUCAAUGUGGAAGAGGAUGAUUUGAAUUCUGCGGUGGAUCGUACUCGAAUCACCUCGCUGGAGAAGUUGCGCGAUGUUUGGAAAGCGGCCGAGAGCUUGCAUGCGAGGACACCCAAGUCCUUUACCUUCCGGAUGUCCAAAGUGCUCACUCAAGUGAGGCAACAGCUACGGAAGCUGAGCGACAUGCAGUCAGACAUGCAGUGGAUGUCUUUGGGGAAGGAGACUGGCCAUCCCUGGACUGAAAGUGUGCUUGCUCGUGCGGAGCAAGAACGGCGCUUGGCGCUGCUCGCCAGGGAAGCGAUUGCGCAAUAUGUCCGGCCUGUUCCAUCCAAGGUCUCCGAAGCCGGCACCGCUGUGCCUUCCUCUGGAUUACCCUCCCUCCGAGUGCUCUUGCUGGACGUGCGACCGCGCAGCGCCUUCGACGCGGAGCACCUGCCGCACGCCGUGCACUUCCAUCCGCCGUGCCUGGCACGCUUGGCGCAAGCCACGAAUGGAAGCCGCCGGUCCGCGGAACGCUUGGCGCAAGCACUGAAGCAGGCCAUGGUGGAAGUAGGCGAUUUGGUGUUGAGGAAGGAUUCCACUCCAACCAUGGCUGCCGAAGAUGAUGGCUUGGGAGCUGAAGUCUUUCAGUCCCUGCAACUGGCAGCUUCUGAAGCUUGGGGUGAAGGUUGGUUAUCUGAAUCUGAAAGAGCUCAUCUGGCCAUUCUGGGUGGUGAGGAAGAUUGGGAUUCCGCUCAACUGUGCCGGCCGGGUGCCGUUGCUGCUUUGUUUGAGCUCUUAGCCGAGCAGCUUUCGAUGCCACGCGUCUCCGUCGUCCUGGGUGGCGCGGCGGUGCUGCACCGCGAAGCCGAGAAGCGCGGCGUCCCGACGACGGCGACGCCGCCCACGCCGGCGGCGGCCGCCGCGGAGAGCGCCGCGGCGGGCGCGGAGCGGCUGCGGGGCUUCCUGUCGAAGACGGCGACGGGCGCGCGGAGCGCUUUCCAAAGCUUUCCAAGUUUCAAGAGAGAUGGCAAAGCCAAAGAUGCUAAAGAUGCCAAAGGUUCAGAGAGUUGA